CUGAUUUCUUUACUUCCUUUCCUAAACUUUUUAAAUGUGUUGGUAAAUGCACUGCCAUAAGACAGCUUAAUGCACCCCUGAUCUAGCCCUAUAGGAAAAUUUUUGGCACGGCAAAGCCUAAAAUUAUAUGCACAUUACAGUAUUCUUUGGAAGAGACGGUGAAAAAGUGAAAUACAAUUCAGACAGUCACCGUCUACCGCCAAUGUCUUUUUUCAGCAUGUCUGUGGGAACAGAACUUAUGGAUUGUGGACGGAUUGUGCUUUGUGUGAACAAAAUAUAUCAUCUGUUUUCAGCUAUCGAAACGCCAUUCGAUAGACUGCACUGCAAGGCGAGGCGACAGUUACCAACACUGCCCGCGGACUUGUUCGAAAGUGUUUAAGCUAUAUUACAUCAAUGUUUUUAUAAAGAAAUGGCUCCAGAUAAGUCACAAAGUCCGUACGCGAGAUUGGGUUCGCCGCCAUGCUCCAGUUCAGCAGCGAUCGGAAACAUAAAUAAUUCCUCGUGUGGUUUUAAAAACUCUUUGUUUCAUGAUAUGGACAUCUCCUCUUCGUUGGAAGACAACGGCAGUGUCCAAAAUGAGACAGUCCUUAACUUGACCGACAGCUCUAAGGAAAUUAGCAACCAGCUGCCGCCAACUAAUCAGCUUUCAGAGCCAAAAAACGUGUAUGCGAGAUCUGAUUCGCCGCCCUGUUGCAGUUCAGCAGCGAUCAGAAACCUAAAUGAUUCCUUGUUUAGUUUUGGAAACUCUUCGCUUCACCACAUGGACAUUUCAUCUUCAUUGGAAGACAACAGCAACCGUGAUCAGACAUUCGACAAAUUGACCGACAGUUCUGAUGACAUUUUCGACCAGCAGGCGACAAACGACGAUGGUCAAGAAUUGACCAGUGAAUACGCAAGCAAUGCAGGUGCUAUAUUCGUCAGCGCUUCGGAAUAUUCUGAAAAAAAGAAGCAGAUCGAUCAGCUGGUGCAGAAUAUGCUGGGCAUGGAGCAACUGCAGCGCCAGCUGGAAGAGAAUGGCUCCACCAACGAGGAGCUCCUCGACCUGAAAUUGCGCCUGGAUAAACUCAAUGGGCGCCUAGAGGCAUUGGGGGAGUUUCUGGACACGCUGCGCGUCCAUGAGGAUCAGUCGGCCAACAGGAUCAAGGAGGAGGCCGAGCAGAUCGAACAGCCCCGUUGGUCCAACUUGUAUUCCGGUCUGAACCGCUAUCGCCACAAAGCCAAGCACACUUCUGCCGAGUUUUAUCAGCACAAGAGCAACAUUAUCGACAGUCUGAAGACGCUGUAUGAGCCUUCGGAGCCCACUCCUGCGACCGAUGACUUGGAGAAGCAGCCUGCCCUUCUAAUGGUGCGACUGUUGAAGCAUCAGCAGGCAGGCCUGAAAUGGAUGCAGUUCCGUGAGCGGCAGAAGAUCUCUGGCGGAAUUUUGGCCGACGACAUGGGUCUGGGCAAGACCCUGAGUAUGAUUGCCCUGGUGCUGGCUGCACAGGAAACUAAAAACAAAAAACGGGCGGAUAAGCAGCGUUCCCUGGAGCAAAAGUGGACCCAAGAGUUCAAUCGAUUUAAGACAAAGAAAAUGCCAAAAUUUCGUAUUUUCGAUGAUGAAGAAGAGUCCGAAGAGGAGAAAGAGGCGUACGAACCGCCAGUGAAGCGCGAAUGCCAAGCGCCCGAAACAGUGGUUUUCAGUUCAGAUGAAGAAGAGGAGAACCUGGCAACUGUUCCCACGGCGGACACACUGGUUGUGUGUCCCAUGAGCGUGAUGUGCCAGUGGGCCCAGGAAGUGUUGACCAAGGUGGCACUGAAUGCCAUCAAGGUGUUGACCUUCCACGGAGCCAACCGCCGUGAGAUCGGGCUAGAAGUGUUCAGAAGCUAUGAUUUAGUUAUUACUUCGUACAAUGUCUUGAUGAGCGAGUACAAGAGAUUUGGGAACAGAUCCCUGUUGUUUGCCGUCCGCUGGAACCGUGUGAUCCUCGACGAGGCGCACAUCAUUCGAAAUGUGAAGACCAGUUGCUGCAGUUCCGUGUGCCAACUGAAAGCCCGUUGCCAUUGGGCCUUAACCGGCACUCCUGUCCAGAAUCGUGCCAUCGACGUGUUCGCCCUGCUUCGCUUUCUGGAAGUACCCAACUUUCGCGACCUCCAGCAGUGGAAGAGGUACUUAAACGAAGGCAUGCACGCCCACCGCCGACUGAACUUCAUUAUCAAACCUCUAAUGCUGCGCAGGACGAAGCAACAGCUCCAGGAUUCGGGAGACAUGCCUGCCCUGCCCCCUCUAAGGGUUGAACUAAUCUGUGUGCAGCUCUCGGAGCCGGAAAUGGCUGUGUACCAGAUCCUGUCUGCCAUCUCGCAAAAAAUCUUCACGCAGUUUCUGCUGCAACGCGAGAAGGGCAACAGCGAUUUAAACUAUUAUUCGCUGGAAGCGACACCUCAGUUUAUUAAGGACAUUUUUGAGGCCAAGUACACAGAGAUCUACCAUAGAUUCUUGAGAUCGCUUGGCUACAAUCCGAAAGCUAAGAUCAAGGGUAUAGUUAUCCUGGUGCUACUGCUGCGCUUGCGACAAUUCUGUUGCCACCCGGGUCUAAUGCUUGGGAUGCUUUGUGGUUCCAUGACUGCUGAAGAUGUGCACAACAUAAGGGUUGACGCCACAGAUGUGGAGGAGGGCCAGCUUAAGAUGGAUGUACUUGCGGAGUUGGACAAAUAUGAUCAACCCGCUGAUGAUGAGGAUUUCUUUGACCAGGAUGAUAGCGUUCCCAGGACAAGCGUUGCCCGGACGAAUGAAGUAAAAAAUGAGAACGAAGGCAUUAAAGAAGAGAUUGUGCCAUGGGAUAUGGGAGAUGAACAAUUAUCAAGCAGUUCUUCAGCUAAUCCAUUAGAUGCGGCAAGGGCUCUGAAGCUUCUUAGUCCUCAGAAUCCUAUUUUCGAGUUCAAACGCUCGUCUGCCAAACUAAAGCUUGUCAUUGAUAAGCUGGAGGAGCUGCUCACGGGUACCAACGACAAGAUCAUAGUUACAUCACAGUGGAUCAGCUAUCUAGCUAUCAUCCGAAAGCGUCUGCAGGAUCAGUCGUGGGAAACGCUUGACUUUAAUGGCCAGCUGUGCGCCAAAGAACGCGAGAUCGUGUUGCGAGACUUUAGUGCCGAUAAUGACAAGCGGGUUCUCCUGCUCUCGCUCACUGCUGGCGGAGUAGGCCUGAAUCUCAACGUUGCCAACCAUAUGCUCAUGGUGGACCUCCAUUGGAAUCCCCAGCUGGAGCGGCAGGCUCAGGAUCGUAUUUAUCGAUAUGGUCAGUGCAAGCCCACCUUCAUUUAUCGCUAUAUGUGCCUGGACACUGUGGAGCAGCGCAUCAAGGCGCUACAGGAUUACAAGUUGGAAAUUGCCAAAGUGGUGCUGCCCGAGGAAGAGGGAGGAGUGUCCGCUCGUGGUGGCGGUGGACUCAACCUCGCGGAGCUCAAGAAACUGUUCUCAAUGUGAAAUCAAAGAUUUUAUUUCGUUUGUUAUUCAUUUAGGAAGUUGUCAUUUUUUAUUUAAUUUAAAACGUUUUUAGUUUCACUUAUUUUUAAAAACCAGACAUCAUAUAAAGUUAUGUAACCUCUAGUUUAAUCGGUCACUUCGUCUGCACAUUAAAUGUGCUUUAAGAACCACUAAAGUAUUUACAUGCGUUUAAUAAGAAUAUAAUAUAUUUUUCUGUUGCCAUUUAAAAA